UUCCGCCCCUCGCCUUCUCUUCCCCACCACCCACAUCGCCGCCUCCCCCAUUGACUGCCACCGUUGACCUCGCCCUUCCGGCGAGGCCGACUCGCCGGAAAUCCCACCCCACCGCGCCACCACCAACCCCCUCCUCGUAGGCUCGCCUUUAUCUCUCCAAGUCUAUCGUCGCCGGUGACAUCGGACUUCUCCGGCUCGCCGCCACUUCGCCAUCCCCCACCCCGCCGCCCCGCUUGUCGAGUCCCGACGAGAUGGUUUACAUUCAGUAGCUGACUCCCAGCCCCGUUCCAGUUGCUCCCCCGACCACCCCAUUCAGCUCCUCUCGAUCUCCCUACGGCUCAUCUGCUUGCUCGCCAUGGCGAUCCGCAUCACCGUGUCCUACUCCGGCUACGUGGCGCAGAACCUCGCCGCGUCGCUCGGCCUCCGCUGCGGACCCUCCGCCUCCAGCGCUGGCUGCCGCUUCAUCCAGGAAGGCGCCUGGCGCCCCUUCUGUAUCUUCACCUCCUCCUCCCACCAUUCCGAGCCCCUCCGGCACAGUAGCGGCGACCGCCAUGACGCCGAGGACCACAACCACCCGAAGCCCUUGGCCCUCGCCGCCGCCGCUGGAGGCCACUCUCUGUUCCCUUCGAGACUCUACGCUUCGUCCAAGCCACCGCCAGCUCCUCCGCCGCUCGCCGUGGGAUUGCUGUCGGUGCUCGCCAAGGGUACGGGUUCGACGGCUGGAAUCAGCGGCGCCGCGUCUCUGUCCGGCUCGUCGUCGAUCUCUGUCGGGUUGUUCAACCCUACGUCCCUCCUCCCGUUCUUGCAGACCGCGAAGUGGCUCCCCUGCAGCGACCUUGCCACCUCGUCGUCUUCGGCGCCCUCUUCCCCUCCUCCCGUGCCGGUGGUGUCUCCCUCCAAGAAGACGUUGAUUGGCGGUUCGAUUGCUGGAGCUUCUGCUUCUGGUGGAUUUGCGAGGAACAUCCGUGCUAGUGCUGCGAUGAGCAGGAGCAACUGGUUGUCGAGGUGGGUGAGCUCCUGCUCCGACGAUGCCAAGACGGCCUUCGCGGCCGUGACCGUGCCUCUACUAUACAGCUCGUCCCUUGCCGAGCCGAGGUCCAUCCCGUCCAAGUCCAUGUACCCGACCUUCGACGUCGGUGAUCGGAUCCUUGCCGAGAAGGUGUCAUAUGUCUUCAGGGAACCAGAAAUCUUGGACAUUGUGAUCUUCCGUGCUCCAACAGCACUUCAGGCUUUGGGCUACAGCUCGGGCGAUGUGUUCAUAAAGAGAGUUGUAGCCAAGGGAGGGGACUAUGUCGAAGUGCGUGAUGGCAAGUUACUGGUCAAUGGAGUAGUUCAGGAUGAGGAGUUUGUGCUGGAGGCACACAACUAUGAGAUGGAACCUAUGCUUGUACCGGAAGGGUAUGUGUUUGUGCUGGGAGACAACCGUAACAACAGCAUUGAUUCUCAUAUAUGGGGCGCGCUUCCUAUUAGGAACAUACUUGGUAGAUCCGUGCUUCGGUACUGGCCGCCAUCGAAGAUCACAGAUACAAUAUACCAACCUGAUGCAGCGUUCUGCACUGCGGAGAUGUCAUGACAAGUAGGUUCUCCGGCGACACUGGGCAAACUCUCUUACGGAGCUCCACUGAUGAGACAGCCCCACUUCUCUUGUUUCUCACAAUGCUGUUCCUCAAGUGUUCUGUUGUUCCUCGAGGGUUUGCGUGUAAAUUCCCUUUGGCUCAGCCCGUUUCCGUUUGUUUAAAGCAUGAAAGUGUUAGACUUUGCAAGCUAAAAAACGGCCCCUUGGAUAUGUAAAAGAGCAGCUGAUGAAGGAGCAUUCUUCUGCUUCAGAGCUGGGUACUCUUGUUCUGCUUCCAGCAUGUUGGGAGACGUAUAUGUUCACAUCAAAAUUUUGUAAGGAACAGUACAUCAACAAUUCUUUUAUAACAAAUGCAAUGAUGGCCUGCUUUGGCGGUUUUCCAUUUA